AUGUGGUUCACAUCCUCGUCAGCGCCCUGGCGGACAGCGCUUAUAGGUGGCCUACUGGCUACAUUGUCCUGGCUACCAAGCAGUUCGGCAGACAAAACGCAGGCCGACUAUUUCAUAAAGUCACUGCCCGGUGCGCCAGAGCCGCUGUUGAAGAUGCAUGCAGGGCACAUCGAAGUCGAUGCAGAGCACAACGGCAACCUCUUCUUCUGGCACUAUCAAAAUCGCCACCUUGCGAAUAAGCCGCGAACGGUUCUGUGGCUUAAUGGCGGUCCUGGAUGCUCCUCCAUGGACGGCGCAAUGAUGGAAAUUGGACCGUACAGGGUGAUAGCAGACGGCAAGCUCGGCUACAACAACGGGUCAUGGGACGAGUUCUCCAAUCUUCUAUUUGUAGACCAGCCCGUGGGAACUGGAUUCAGCUAUGUCAACACGGACAGCUAUCUUAGCGAACUCGACCAGAUGGCCGAGCACAUGAUAAUCUUCUUGGAGAAGUGGUUUGCCUUAUUUCCAGAAUACGAGGCUGACGACUUCUAUCUCGCUGGAGAGUCUUAUGCUGGCCAGCACAUUCCAUACAUCGCCCGCGCUAUCCUCAACCGAAACAAAGAUAAGACGAAGACGCCCUGGUCACUCGCAGGUCUGCUUAUUGGAAACGGUUGGAUUUCGCCUGUUGACCAGUACCUUUCCUACCUCCCUUUUGCCUACCAGAGUGGUAUCAUGCAGGCCGAGACGGAUGCGUCUCGGCGCGUGCAAAACCAGCAAGCCUUAUGUAUCAAGAAACUGCAUGAAGCCGACACUGUCCAUGUUGACGUUCCAGUCUGCGAGCAAAUUUUGGUUACUAUCUUGGAGGAAACUAAGAACCUAAAGGCCGCACCGGACCAGCAGUGUCUCAACAUGUAUGACAUCCGCCUGCGAGACGACUCAUCGUGUGGAAUGAACUGGCCCCCGGACCUCAAAGGUGUCACACCUUACCUCCGCCGACCCGAUGUCAUCCAGGCUCUUCACAUCAACCCAGACAAAAAGACAGGCUGGUCGGAAUGCAACGGAGCUGUUUCGGGACACUUUCGCGCCAAGAAGAGCGAGCCGGCUAUCAAUUUCCUACCUGCGCUCCUCGAACAAGUCCCCGUUCUUUUGUUUUCUGGCGAUAAGGAUCUCAUCUGCAAUCACGUUGGAACAGAGGCUUUGAUUGAUCGGAUGAGCUGGAACGGUGGCAAGGGCUUCGAAAUCUCUCCCGGUGUUGUGGCUCCCCGCCGUGACUGGACUUUCGAAAACGAAGCAGCCGGUACCUACCAGGAGGCGCGGAAUCUUACAUACGUUGUCUUCUACAACUCUAGCCACAUGGUUCCAUUCGAUUACCCUAGGCGCACGCGCGACAUGCUCGACCGAUUCAUGGGCGUCGACAUCAGCGUCAUCGGCGGCGAUCCUUCUGACAGCCGUCUCGAUGGCGAGAAGGGCCCGCUCACAAGCGUGGGCGGUCACCCCAAUUCCACAAAGGCAGAGGAAGACAAAACCCAGGCUCUGAAGGAGGCUGAAUGGAAAGCGUAUUACCGGUCUGGGGAGGUUGCACUUGUUGUUGUCAUUAUUGCCGCUGUUCUCUGGGGUAUCUUCCUCUGGCGCAACCGAAACUCAAACAGCGAAUACAAGGGUGUUGAUGGCGAUGAGGGUCGCGAGUCUCUUCUUACCGGUAUGGGCCUGGACAAUUUUAGGAGAAGAGAGCGCAGGGCAGACCUUGAGGCGGCGGAUUUCGAUGAGAGGGAACUGGAUGAUCUGGACGCGCCUAAUGGACACACCAAGAGUGGGACACGCGAGAAGCAAAGAGUGCCUCAGAACGACUCGACAUUCAGCCUAGGGGAGGAUAGCGAUGGAGAGGCAGACAGCAGCGAUCAGUACCAUGGCGGCAACGUCGUGAACCCGUUCGAGGAACGCGUCGUAAACCGCUUCACAGCCCAAGAAAUUGCGACAUUACAGAGCAGGCUCAAUCAGAGACUCGGCCCCGAAUUCAUAUCGCAGAGACCGGGUAAUGGUGGCGGCAGGGUCGCGUAUUUGGAGGGCAACAAAGCCAUAGCCCUUGCAAACGAGGUCUUUGGGUUCAACGGCUGGUCGAGCUCGCUAGGGCAGGUGCAGAUCGACUAUGUCGAUGAGCUUCCGGGUGGCAAAGUCAGUUUGGGUCUCUCGAUAGUAGUGAGGAUCACGCUCAAGGACGGCACAUAUCAUGAGGAUAUCGGGUACGGCUCGAUAGAAAAUGGUAAAGGCAAAGCAGCAUCCUUCGAGAAGGCGAAGAAGGAGGCAGCCACUGAUGGGCUGAAACGUUCACUGCGUACUUUCGGCAACGUCCUCGGUAACUGCUUGUACGACAAAGAUUACCUCAAGAAAGUUCAGGCUAUGAAGGUUAAGCCGGCACCGUUCGAGGAAGACGAUUUGUACCGGCACGUGUUCUACAGACCAGCUGGCCAAGAAGAGCAGACAAUUGUAAAGCGGGAACCAAACCGAACGCCUAUGCGUCCGAACCAGGUGUUGAGAACACGUACCGAACAUCUUAACGAGUCCAUGUCGGCGGACUUUGACGAUGAGUUUGAUGGGAACCUCUUCGACGGGGUUGAUAUUAGCAUGAACCAAGGCGAUGAGUUUACCUUCGGGACAGCGUCAGGGUCGGGCGAAGGUCCGUCUAGAGCGGCCAGUCCCUCAAAACCGGCGAUGGGACCAAACGGCGCCCGCCCAACGCCCGUAGCUAAUGGUGGCCAACCCCGACCACCUAAUCCACAAAUGCAAAAUGCACCUUCAAGAGCUGGUCCAGGAGGCGCGCAAAAACAUCAACCAAACCAAGGACCUGCAAGGCCAGCGCCGAACGGAGUCUCAAACACCAGAGCUCCUCAGACUCCCGUUCAGCAACAGAACCAACAUCGGCCGGCGCAGAAUGCAGGACGGAUGCCCCCUCCCACCACUGACAAUCACGUCGCUCCAAGACCCCCCGUUCAACAACAGCACAACGCUCAACAAGCUCCCCAAAACCAACCUCUCCGACCAACACCCCCAGAAGCACAGCGAGCUCCGGUCCAACCUCGUCCAGCCCCCCAAGCCCAAGCAACAUCAGCGGCGCCCGCAAACCCAGCACCUACAACAGCCAAUAACCGAGCACCCGUAGGUUUCGUAACCUCCCGCGCCGCCGAACUCAUGCAAAACUCGGACGCGGCCGCCUCUCUCAGCAGCCUACCUGCUUUCAACCCCCACGCCGAAUCCCCCAUUCCAAAAGAGCAGCGCACACCCGGCGUCGAGCACUCACGUAGCGCCCCCGUCAAAUGGCGUGAAGUCGGCGCUCCCCCCAUCCCGGUCCCAGUAGCAGCAGCGACAUCCGCACCUCGACCCGGCGGCACCGCCUUCAACCGUCCCAACUUCGUCAACCCGAAUCAAGACGCCACUCGACGUAUCGGCAUGCCCGGUGCGCCCAACUACGCCAUGAGCCCCAGUGCAAACCGCGGCGCGUACAAACCGCCUUCCUUUGCGAAUGGCGCAGCGCCGAAUGCGCUCAAGAGGCCGGCGCUGCAGGAUGUCAGUAAUACGGGGAUGAACGGGGGUGUGAGUGUGGAGACUGGCGAUGCGAAGAGGCAGCGGGUUGAGGUGCCGGGCGUGGAGAACGCGGAUGUGGUGGGUUAG